AAUUGAUAUUAUCCUUUUAGACUGUAAAUUUUGGGUACCAACCAGUACCUCGAGCAAAUAGAAUAGACACACACUCAAGAGUCAAAGUGAAGGCGAUGGAGUGGACAAGCAAAGUCGGGGAGGCAGUGAACAAGGCGGUAAACAGCAACAAAGUGUUAAACGUAGUGCUAUUGGGUGCAUUUGGGUUUCUCUGCCUGAGAUCCGUGCAGCAACAGAGGAACAUCCAAGUUCUGGAGACAGAAAAGGACUCUUUACUCAAUUCUAAUAAAGCUAUGAAGAAGGCCAUGUGGGAUUGGAAGCAGCAGCUUUUCGCCGAAGCUGAUGUACCCAACCCCAUUCUUCCCCUCUCCAAGCUUAAAUCCAUCUACGGAGAAGUCCAAACCGCCUCAACUUCUUCUGGUGGAGAUGCUCAAAAAGGAGAUAGAAAAUCAGCUGCAUCAGCGUUUGUUGUCUAAAAGCCAUUGGUAUAGCUCGUUUAUGAAGAAACAAGUUUGCUGGCAAAAUAACAAUGGGCUGCUUAGAUCUGUGAAAUAUCACGCUUCAGUUAGUAUAAUGGAAGCUGAUCACAAAGGGGGAAUGUGGUGUAAUACUGAGUUUUUGUUUCAUCCUGUUUCUAAGAACUUCGUGAUUUACGACUGUUUUUCCUUAUUCUCUAACGUGCAGUUUGUAAGGAGGCUGAGGUCCAAGUUUAGUUUAUAGUAUUAUUGGUGAUGCUUCAUUUUUCUGCUCCA